CUUCCUUCCUUCUUCUAUCUUCACUGUCAAUCCUGUCUUCACUGUCAUUCAACUACCGUAACCUCAAGUGACAACUAGUCAUCCAUAUUAGUCACUUUCCUUUUGUUUGUUUUUUCCUUGCAUUUGUUAAUCGUUACCAUUCCGUUAUCGUUACCGUUACUAUUACCGUUACCCAUUACCCGUCACUUUUUCAUUUACUUACUAUAAUCAAUAAUCACAACAACCAGCACAAUGAAUACAGAAGAUCAGAACUAUAAACGAAUGCAGAUUAAAGUGUUAUACUCGUUCAAUAACAAUACCACAGUAUUCUUAUCCCGAUCCAAAAAUCAGUAUUCAGUUAAAACUGUUCAAAUACCGAUGGUAUCAUCUGGAUCUGAACAACAAGAUCCUGAAUUAAUAACAUUAGGAGCUUUUGAUUUGAAAAGCUGUAUUCAACAAAUCACUAAGAGUUCUCCUGAGAAUUUUAAAUUACAAUCUGAAGAUUAUGCUGUUUAUUAUAAGGAUGUAACAGAACAACCUGAUGAACCAUUUGUAGCGAAUGGAAUUAUGUCAGGAUUCUUAAAUAAUUCAAAAUCAGAUUUAAUCCCGGGCAGAGUAUGUCAGAAUUUAUCAGCUAGUUUCUUAUUUGGUGAUAAAGCAAAUGUAUCACCACUUACCCUUGAAAUUAGAUUAAAAUUACAUACUAUAGAAUUACAACCUCAACAAACUAUACAAAAAUCAUCUCAACAACAACUGCAACAAAUAGAUCAUCAAUCAUUACAACCAAAUUCACAAUCACAAUCACAUUCCCAUUCAAAUUCAAAUUCCAUGAAAAAGAGACCCUAUGAGCAAAGUUCAAUGCAAUAUCCUCAAAAGAGACCAACUCCAAUAGUUCAAUCAUCUAUGAAUUCUGCUAUAAAGGCUACUAGAACUAAAUCAUUACCUAUAUUUAAUAAUGUUCCAAAUCAAACCAUGUUCAAUAUCAUGAAUGCAGAUAAAAUGAAUAAUGCAUCAAGGUACGAUACUAAAAGUGUACAAGAUCGUUUUAAACUGGCACCUUUCUUACUGGAAAAGAUAAUUGAUAAGCCAGUACGGAAACAUAGAAAGCAUAUAAUAGAUCAUCAACAAUAUCAAUAUCAAUCUCAAUCUCAAUCUCAAUCUCAACCUCAACGAGCUAUGCGUACUAGAUCAAUGGUUAAUCAAACACCCUUAACUAUUUCUUCUCCAAUUACUGAAGAACCAAUGUCUGAUGCAACUGAUGAUACAGAGUAUCGUGAACCUAAUGAACUUCGUGAAGAAGAUGAAGAUGUUGAUGAUGAUGGAGAUUUCGAUGAACUUUCACCUUAUACUCCUCAACAACCACCUUAUAAACCACCUCAUGAAGUUAAUUCUAAAUCUAAUCUGGAUGAUCAAUCUAGAGAACCAUUUCAAUCAUUACCAGAUUUAGAAGAUUUAGAUAGUAAAAGAACUCAUACAAUUCCUCAUAGUAAAUUACCAAAAAAUCAUGGAUUGAUUUGUGUUAAUAGUAAUUGUGCAACUACAUCUUCAAUAGCUUGGAGAUAUUUUGAAACAGAAUUCAGACCUAAUUAUUUUGCUAUUCAUAGAGCUAAAGAAUUUGAUAAAAAGAAUUAUGAAGGUAUGUUUGGUCCCUUAUGUAAUGCGUGUUAUUUAUUCUUAAGAAAUAAAGGAUUUAUGAGACCAGAAAAUGUGGUUAAAAAGUAUUUACAACAACAAAGAUAUAAGAGAGAAUUAAAGAAUAGAGAAGAAAUUAAUGAAUUAAUUAGUAAUAGUGGAAUAGAAACUAAUAAUUCUACAACAAUAAAUAAAGAAAGAUCAAAUAGUCUUAGUGCUAUAGCUAUGAGGAAAUCUUCUCAAUUUGCAUCAUCUCCAAUAGUUCAACAUUCUAAUAAAUUUGUUACUCCAUCACAUACACCAUCAGCAAUUAAUCAAGUAAUUCAAAAUAAUGAACAAAUUUCUCGAGGAAAUAAUCGAUCUAAUUCUCAAAAUGAGUCAUCAAAUUUAUCGGGAUCUUCUAAUUCCCGUAGUAUUCAAAAUUAUGGUGAUUUAAAUGAUUUAAUGAAUCAAAUAAAUGCCUUUGGAGGUCCAUUGACUGAUAUUGAUCCUUUACCUCAAGAUCAAGGUUAUACUCCUCCAAUGAUGGCAACUAAAUCAAAUACUCGUGUAAUUAAUGUAUAUGAUGAUGGUGAAGAUAAAGAAAAUUGUCCACCUUCUCAUGAUCAACAAACCAAAGAUGCUAUUAAUUCUUUUGAUUCUAUGAUAGUUAAAUCUUUUACUCAAGUAUCACCUCAAAAGGGAGGUCAAAGUGAAUGGAUGAAUAGUUUCUUUGCUGAACCUACUCCAAAGGAUCAAGUAACUCCUGCUGAUUCUAAAACUCCAACUGAUGGAUUAAAAUCUGAUCCUAAAUCAUCUUUACCAAAUAUGAAAACUUUUACUCAUAAGAAAUCUUCACCUCCACUUAAUAAUAAAAAGGCUAUGGUUGUAAAUAUGCCUUCAUCACCAUUAUUAACCAAUCAUAAUUCGGAUGAAUUAGAUCUCUUAUUAUCCGAUGCUGUAGGGAAAUCAGUUCAAUAUGAUGAACUUGAUGAUGAAAUUCAACAAUUAGUUUCUAAGAAUAGUAAACUAUUUGAAGAUAGAUCUUCACCAAAGGAAGCUUCAAGAGUAAAUACUACUAAUCUGAUUAUGUCAUGGUCCAAUAAUGAUGAUACUAAUCAAUCAAGACCUAAUAGAGAUAUCAAUCUUGAUACAGGUUCAACUCCAAAUACUGAUUUCUUUUCUAAUGAUGAUAUUCAUGAUAAAUAUAAAAAUGAAGCUGAAUUUAAUAAAUUGAUGAAUAAUGAUCAAUCAAACGUCUAACUCGUGUUCAAUUGCAUACUUUGUAUUAUAGAUAGAUAGAUACCUG